AUGCAAAUCUGGCAUAUGGAGCCAUACCCAUGUGGGGAUCGCAGAUUGCCGCAUCACGUUUUCCCACCAAAGAAACUCUCUCCCGAUCAGCUUCUUACGCUUACCGGAGUGGUCUACUACAAGGUUGAUUUGGAUGACACAGUAGCAAUGAAAAAGCGACUUUCACGAGUAAGAAAUGAGAGGAAGGUGGUUUCGUCCGAUGUGCUGACCAUCAAUGAUUCAACGCCAGACUUUGACGAGAAGCUCGAGGACUAUUACGAGCCAACGACAAAAUCGCAGGAUGUGGUAUCGAUGGUACUAGAGGGAACUUGCUAUUACGAUGUAGAGCCAGAGGAGGAUGAAUGGAUCCGAAUUCAACUCGAACGAGGUGAUCUGAUUGUGAUUCCUCAAGGUGUAUCGCAUCGCUUCACUGUAACUCCACAGAAUUUUGUGCAGCUGCAGCGUUUCUUCCCCAAGAAGCCAGAUGAUGUACAGGGAUGA